UUUCAAAUUCCAACUCGCUUGAAAUUGCAGCCCUAAUUUCUACCCACCCUUAUCGAGGAGGCUCCUACCGAGUGGCCACUUUCGUUGCACCCCUACAGAGUCAUGGCAGACGCGAUGGACGUCGACGCGCCUGAAAUGGCGCACAAUGAGGCGCCCACGUGUCCACCGCAUUCCGCGGCGCCAAUCGCGGACGCUUUGCCAUCUCCGCAAGCAACGGCGACGGAGCAAUUAGAGGAAGAUGUGCAAGCGAAAGGAGGUCACGAGCUCGAGAUUUCGAAUCGCAGCAGGAAAGACGACCUAGUAGUGUCCCUAACGCGGCGCGGGGAGCAAGGAACGCAGCGAUUGGUGGAAGCCGCGGAAGGGGUGCUGUCCACGCUAAACCUAGUCAUGUGCAAUGGUGCCUUCUGGGAAGCUUCCUCGGAAACUGCAGGCAGCAGUGCACACGGUGAGCAGCAGCAGCAGCAGCAGGCCUCGGGAUUGCCGCCGGACGCUGCAGCAGCAGCCAUAGAAAUGGCGCACCUUCGUUAUAAGAACAUCUCGUCGGAGCUCCGGUCGCUUCUGCUGAGGCUGCAGGAAGAGACAGAGAAGGCCGGCCGGUCGGAGGACGAAAGGGAAGAAAACCAAGGGGGGGAGAAGCAAAGGGCGAGCCUUGGCCCUGAAUCAGAGUCUGCUGCACCUGAUACCGCACCUGACCGUGCAGCACCUGAAGCAGCACCUGGAAAUGCACCUGAGGCACCACCUGAACCAUCUGCAGAUGCAGCUCCCCCGUCUGCGGAGGAGUUGACCAAGCGAGCAGCGACCCUGAGAAAGCACAUCCGGCGGUGCAACGUGCGGCUGAGAGCAGCCAUGGAGGCGUUGAGAGGGAUGCUGGACGAUGUCACUAUGUUCCAAGCACCCCAGCUGCUGCUGCUCUCGCAGUCUUAGGUUGAUGUAGCCUGUAAUGUGUAACCAAUGUGCAUGUCGGAUCGGAUGAUGUCUCUCUCUUCCAAUCACCCCAGCUGCUGCUGCUCUCGCAGUCUUAGGUUGAUGUAGCCUGUAAUGAGUAACCAAUGUGCCUGUUGGAUGAUGUCUCUCUCUUCCAGGCACCCCAGCUGCUGCUGCUCUUGCAGUCUUAGAAUGAAGAACCAUUUUAGCAUGUGGCGUCUAACUAACCAACAUGUAGAUUGGAUCGGAUUGGAUUGGAUUGGAUCGUAUUGGAUCGGAUUGGAUAACA